CAGUUAAGGCGUGGUUUCAUCAGUCGAGCAAACAAGUAUAUGUAAUCAAGACAUAAUCCAAGUUCGAUAACCUUCCAUAUCAACCACGUGGGCAUAUGAUACCUGGUCACCAGGAGUGAAUGGGGUAGAAACAGCAGACUUCUCCAAAAACGUGUACUUUGAGUGUGGACAGAAUGGAGCAGAUCCGUGGUGGCCUUGUGCUGCUGUUCUGUGCCGCUGCUCUGUCACCACAGGAGCUGAAUGGGGCCCCGCUGAGUCACCACUCGACACCUUUCCAGCCUGAGAACACAACCCUGCAUGCACCCAAACAACACACCAUGAUCACUACAGCCAAGCCAAGCCAGGAGCCCAUGACUGCUGCUGCAUUCACUGCUAGGCUUGAGAGCAGGCUUGAGACAACAACGGGACCAGUAUCCAAAUCAACGAAUCAUACAACUCAGAGGCCCAGCCCUCCGAUGGCCUUUCAACCAGUGUCAAAUACAGAGAAACCAAAUUCAACUUCUGCCGUGGAAAUGAGCACAAAUCACACAAUAGCUUUAGACAAAGCAGUUACUACGGAUCCCCAUGUGUUGAGCACAACCUUAAGCCACUCGGACGCCAAUCAGACGGGUUCGUUUGAAAGCCACAACCAUACAGCAAUGAUCAGUGCUAAGCCAUACACCAGCAAACCCACUCCGACAGCCAAGGGGGCAUCCACACAGAGCUUGUCCACCUAUGCUACGCCAAAAAACCCAGAACCAACCACGGCUCCUACUUCAGCGUAUGCAAGUACAAGGACCACUAGAAGGACCACCACAAGGAUAACCGCUCACCCAUUUAAACCCAAAACUCCCGCAGCAAAAAAACAGUCUUCUGAGACAAAUGGGAUUGUUGCAGCCGUCUUGAUUGGCUUGAUUUUGCUAAUGAUGUUCGUGGGCAUCAUAUUUAUAUUGGUCAAAAAGCGCAAAUGGCAGAGGAGGCAGCUGGAGAAUUCAGAGUGGGCAGGUCCCUCCCCAUUCCUUGAUGGAAGCACCCAGCCUCACUUCAGCACGGAUUCCACCAGGCAGGAGUCCAAGAGGAUCUCCAUCGCAGGGUUCCUUCCUCAGAAUCUCUCCAAAAGUAAUUCUCUGCUCAAUGAUAUGGAGGAGGGCAUUGAUCUGGACAUUCUGCCAGGUACCACAUUUGGACAACACGACCACGUUAAUACUAAACCAGCUAAUGGAACUUUUCAAGAGAAAAAAGGGGAAACUGAACAUGAGCAGGACAAUAAGAGUGCUAAGUCUGCUUCAGAAAAUGUCCAAACGACCACUGAUGCAGCUAUCCAUGACCCAAAUCCAAAAGCUGAAAUGGAGUACAAUAACUCUGGCGUGAAUCCAAACGAGACUCCCUCAGCUCAGCCACCACCAACGAGCACCUCCACAAACACCCCUCCUCCACCUCCAGACAUUGACCUUCGACCUUUAGGGGACACAACACCAGCAUCAGACGUGCAAGUCCCUCCAGCGCCGCCCUUACCUCAAGCCUAAUUCUUGUGACCGCCUACAAGUUACUCAUCUUUGAAAUACCAAAGAGAAACUAAACGACCUGACCAACCAUUAAAUACCACAAAGGAAGGAUACCGUUUAACUGGAAAGGGCAGAUGGAAAUUUACAAGUAACACACUGUGAUAGUAGUGUCUUAUGACGAAUGGAAAAAAUUGUCAAAUAAAAAGGGUUCAACAGUU